GCGACUCUUGUCACUCAUUCGCUGUGCCGCUCGGAGCACAUUCUGUGUCAACGGCUGAGGACCAAUUCAUGAUAUCACAGCAACCUGAAACAGGGACAAAGCAUCGUAGUCAUUUAGAUAAUUACUGAACCAAACUCUCCUUACAAAUUCUACACGGAGCCUACCUUUGGAAGAGAUUGCAAUGCUUCAGAUAAGGGAUCUCAUUUGGACACUGCUUUUCUUUGGUUAUGCAGCUGCUUUGCAAGUGGAUAUCACUCCAGCCCAGGGAGAGAUCAGCGUGGGAGAGUCCAAAUUCUUUUUGUGUGAAGUUGUUGGAGAUGCUAAAGAAAUAGAUUGGUUUGCACCCAAUGGGGAGAAGCUUGUGCCAGGGAGACCUGACAUCAGCGUCAGCAAGAGUGACGAGUCCUCGUCGACACUCACAAUCUACAAUGCUAACAUCGACCAUGCAGGCAUGUACAAGUGUGUGGCCAAAAGCGGGGACAAGGAGUCUCAGGGCACUGUCACCGUAAAAAUUUUCCAGAAACUCACUUUCCAAAACGCACCAUCGCCUCAAGAGUUCAACGAGGGGGAUGAUGCUGACAUCAUCUGUGAUGUCAUCAGCUCUCCACCCCCAUCUAUCAUCUGGAAAUAUAAAAAGACAAGAAUCCAGCCUGAGACUGAUGUCCGUUUCAAGGUCUUAAACAACAACCACCUCCAGAUUCGCAGCAUCAAAAAGACAGAUGAGGGUGACUACACCUGCGAGGGCCGCAUCAUGGCCCGGGGAGAAAUCGACCUUAGGGUCAUUAAGGUCAUUGUCAAUGUUCUGCCAAGUAUCAGGACCCGCUACACUGAACUUAAUGCCACUGCAGACAUCAACCAGGCCGUGACGUUGGCCUGUUACGCAGAUGGCUACCCAGAACCCACCGUCACGUGGGCGCGAGGUAAUAUCGUACUGGAAUCCAAUGAGAAGUACAGCCUGAAUGAAGAUGGGUCGGAGCUGACCAUCAAAGACGUCAAUAAGCUUGAUGAAGGAGAUUACCAGUGCAUCGCUAGAAACAAGGCUGGAGAGAAGAGUGACGAAGUCGCACUCAGUGUGUUUGUGCAACCCAAGAUCACGUUCCUGGAAAACCAGACGGCCUCUGAAUUGGAGGAGCAGAUCACACUAACUUGCGAGGCCACAGGUGACCCCACUCCCAACAUCAUCUGGAGCUUCGGUCGUCGGGUCUUCACCGAGAAUGAGCAGGCUUCAUGGACUCGACCUGAGAAACACAAGAGUCUGGAUGGUAACGUGAUUGUACGCAGUGAUGCCCGUGUGUCCUCUCUGACUCUAAAGUACGUGAAGUUCACCGAUGCCGGCCAGUACCUUUGCACUGCCCGCAACUCCAUUGGUCAGGACAUCCAGAGCAUGUACCUGGAAGUGCGCUAUGCUCCAAAGAUCCAGGGCCCUGUGGCGGUGUACACCUGGGAGGGUAAUCCGGCUAACCUCACCUGCCAGGCCCUCGCUCACCCGGACGCCUCCAUUUCAUGGUUCCGUGACGGCCAGAUGCUGCCUAACGCUAAUACCACUAAUGUCAAGAUCUACAACACUCCCACAGUCAGCUUCCUAGAGGUCACUCCGGUGUCCCAGAACGACUUUGGCGAUUACAACUGCACGGCUACUAACGUCAUCGGCACAGAGUCAAUGGAUUUCAUUUUGAUUCAAGCAGAUGUUCCUUCGGCCCCCUCUAUUGAGCGCGUGGAGCCUUAUUCCAGCACAGCAAUGGUGGAGUUUGAUGAGCCUAAAUCUGAUGGAGGAGUGCCUAUCCUUAAGUACAAGGCUGAAUGGAGGAUAGCAGGCCAAGACUGGACGGACAGAGAGUAUGAUGUUGAGGAUGGUCUCAACGUGAUCACUAUUGUUGGGCUGAAGCCAGAGACCACAUACGAGGUGAAGAUAUCAGCCAUCAACGGCAAGGGUGAAGGAGAGAGCAGCGCCCCGGAAAACUUCAAAACCCAACCUGUCCGCUUCCCUUUCAAAAUGUCUACAGAGACUCCGACUUCUAUUCGUCCGACCACUGCCGACCUUAAAGGGGAACCUAAUCCUCCUAAACUGGAAGCUAAGCCACUGUCCACAGGCAACGAGAUGAAGGUCUACUGGAUCAAGCAGGAUGAUGGGGGCUCUCCUAUCAAACACUAUUUAGUGCGCUACAGAGCUAAACAUCGGCAGGAGUGGAAGCCAGAGAUCCGCCUGCCCAACAGCAGCGAGUACAUGGUGCUGCGAGGUCUGGAGUGGAACACGGAAUACGAGGUCUACGUCGUGGCCGAAAACCAGCGAGGACGAUCUGAUCCCGGGAUCCUCUCCUUCAGGACCUUGCCAGAACCCACCGCCAUACCAGAAACCAGCGCAGGUUUGGGCACCGGGGCUAUCGUGGGCAUCCUCAUCGUGGUCUUCAUCCUGCUCCUCUUUGGCGUGGAUGUCACAUGCUACUUCCUCAACAAGUGCGGCCUCCUCAUGUGCAUCGCUGUCAACUUCUGCGGAAAGUCUGGGCCCUCUGCCAAGGGCAAGGAUAUCGAGGAGGGGAAAGCCGCUUUCACUAAGGACGAGUCUAAGGAGCCCAUUGUGGAGGUAAGGACCGAGGAAGAGAACACACCAAACCAUGGAGGAGGUCCCACUGAACCCAAUGAGACCACCCCUCUGACGGACCCCGAGCACGCUGCUGACACCACAGCAACAGUAGUGGACUUGCUUCCCUCUGUAACCACUAACUCAGACCCCGGCACUGACAGUCCUGCUAGUGAUAGCACCACCCUUACCUCGAGCACCGCACCUGCGGCCGACCCUAAAGCUACUCCCCAAUCCAGCACCCCCAAACCUAGCGUCACCUCUCCCACCUCCCCGCAAGCUGCUCCUGCAGCUGUGGCCCCUCUGGUGGACCUGAGCGAAACGCCCUCCAGUCAAACCUCAAAGUCCUUAGAAGCCCCCCAGCCGUCUGAUUCAACCCCUGCAGAUCUGGCCAAAGCUGUUGGCCAGAGCCCGGCCGAGCUGGAUUCCCCCCAAAGUAAGGACUCUCAGGUACAGGGAGGAGCCCACCCGACCACAGAUAGUGACCUUGCCAAGGAUGCGCUGGUCAAGCCCUCCAGCGACUCAUCCAGCACACCGUCCGCACCCAACCAGGACGAUGGAAAACUCAUUGUAGAUGACAAAAGCAAAGUGCCAGAGACGGAGGUAAAGAAAACCCCGGCGGAGGUGAAGACAGUCCCCAAUGAAGCCCCUCAGACGAACGGCAACGAGAGCAAAGCGUGAUCCGGAAUGGGCGAGCGCACGACAGCGCAGACAGACAGAACCACACCACCACGUCUCAAAUAUAAGGGUUUCUUUCUUCAGUGUCUUCUUUGAGUUCACAGAUCAAAACACGUCUGUAGAUGUAUAGAGCGCCUAAAGAGUUUGCGCACAUGCCUUUUAUUUUUUACUUUCCCUUUGUUAUUAGUAUUGAAAAGUGUCUUUCAUAAACGCAAGAAGGAAUGAUUCUUCAGCUCUAGUCUCCUUGACCUCAGUGUCUUUCAAAGAUGUUCAGUAUGAGAAGUCAGUCACCGUCAGGAACCGUAGAUUUUGCCUUCACACAUUCAAACCACAGUGCUGUUUCAGUUAUGUUUCGUCUUAUUACAUGCAGUAUUGCCAUCGUUAUUGUCUGCCACAUAAUAAUAUUUUUUUUGGGAACAGUUUUGAUGUUUUACUUUUGGUUAAAGGGUUAGUUCACCCAAAAAUGAAAAUUAAGUCAUUAAUUAC